AUGACAUUAUUCAUAUCUCAGAACUAUAUUCAUAGCUUCAGUUCAACAUCAAGACGAAGUGAGAAGAACACGUGAGAAAAUGAUUUCUUGUGACACUUCUGAAUCGAUUUUCAGCUUGUUCUUUCAGUCUAGCAUUGUUUAGAGUUUAAUCGUCGCUCAUUCUUUUCGAUAGUAAUUCGUUACAAUGUUGAUAGUGGCUAUAGCCAUCUGUUAGUUUGUCUGAAAGGUUGAUACAUCGACCAUUUAUUAUUUCAGAGAGGUUUCCACGUACUUUUCAGAACCAAAUGCCCGAGAAAAUAACGUCGUUGUUUAUGAAACAGGUUAGUAAAACAAGUUUCUACUUGAUUGAAAUUUUCGAGUUUAACACUACAGUUUGAAGGUACACGUUCAAGCUAGGUCUAUCGUUAUUACUGAAUUAUAAAUAACUCAAAAAGUAUCAAUGAAUGGAAAAGAUAUGAUGUAAUAUUCCGAGUGGAACUAAGUGAACUCAGGGAGAAUAAUUUAAAGAUGGUUAACCUCGGCUCUCGCGUCCCGCAGUCAGCGACUUUGUCGUUUGCCCACGCAAACAAGAACACUACUGGCUAAGGUCAACCGUAAAUCCAAAAAAAAAAAAACGAGGAAGAAGGACUAAAAACCAAGGUCACGUUAGGGUUAUCUCUUAUCCAGACAUUCAUUUAUCUUUUGGUCAACCAAUAAUCUCCAGACUGAGGUAAUUUUACUCGUUCAUUAUAGUUAUAAAAAAAUGCUAACACUACUUUGACUAAAACAAGAAAGUCCACUGUAAUCGAUUUUCACGAAAAAAAAUGGGGAACUCUCAUCACAAUUUUAAUAUUAGUGUCAGAAAAAGACAAAAUUUUACAAUCUACGUUUUGAAAGAAACUCAGAAUUAUUUUGCGACUUAAAAUGAUUGGUGCUCCAAGUGACAUGUCUGAUUGUAUUAUUGCGAAUAUUCAAAGCAGGUAGAAAUGUAAUUUGGCGAGGAGGUUAUAUUCAGGCUCCCUGCUGUGUGUCUUUCAUCUUCGGGUCUUCGAUAGCAGUUGUUUCGCCCGGCGUUUUAUUUAGGCCAGUUGAUUAGCAUAUUGCCCUGACACCUUUGUACAGGACUUAUACGGUAUAAAAUAUCCCUUCACCAUGGAGUACUCUAACCUGAAAAAAUAUUUCUGGAAUUUUUAUUCACCCUCACUGUUGCCUUAUCAUCGAUUUUUGUCCAUUGUUGUCAUUUGAGGCUAUCAAGACUCAGUACAAUUUUAAAUUUGUUUCAGCGUUUUGUUACCGAGCUACAUUUUCUAUCCAAAAAAGUAUUUGAACUUUUCGAAAAAGGAAAAAAGUCUUGCUCUUGAAAUUGUUACAUGGUUACUAUAAGCUUAAUGUAGUUUACUAAACGCUCUUUUUAACAAAUCGUGUAAGAUAUAAGCCAACUAGAACUGUACCAACUAGUUGGCAAUUCAUUUUUUUUUCGGACUAGAUACUCUUCAUGCUGCCGACGAGCCUUAUAAUCUUAGCUAAAUACUGCGAGGUUGUUUACUUUAAUUCACAGAGUUGAUAUGUAAAUUGGCCACCUAAGAUAGUUUCUAGGGAUGACGUUUCGAGCGCUAGCCCUUCGUCAGAACGAAAUAAUGCUGGCCCAUUUUAGUAAGUCAGUGAUGACCUAACGUGUGAUUUUCUUUUAUUCUCAACCAUUAGUGUAUAGGAAGUUUCAACAUUUUUUAAGCUUUUUCCCUGUGCUACAAGUUUGUAAUUCCUCUUGCAUGGACUAUUUUCAGUCUUCAAAGAUUGAGAUUGUUUAAAUUACUGAUUGUUUAAACCACACGCUCGACACUCAUUUAAAAAAAUCAAUUUGAAAAUUGUGCUAUCGGUAAGAUUUGGUAAGAGGAGACAAAAAUAGUUUGGGCCUGUUCACAACAUUGAAAAAAAAAUGAAGAAAGCUUAAAAUAGUUAAGAACUGCCGAAAUAUUCAUCUGCUGUUUUAUUUUUCUGGAGGAAAUCUUGUGGUCUGUAAUAUAUAUAUAUUUCUUCCUAAUGUGUAACGCAUAGUCGAUGUCGGUUUCUGCGCUGUCAACCCGGAAAAGCGAGCCACGUUCCUACCAUGCAGUAUAGAUUAAGUGUGAUUGGUGACUUUUUUAGCCAAGGGCACAUGUUUCUAAGAUGUUAUAAAAACACAUAAGGUUUCGGUACAAUGCAUAUCUUCUACAGAAAGAAAUGUCCCAAUGUUAUCAGACUUUACAGCUGCAAAAAUCAACUUAUGAAAGGUCUAAACGAUGAGAUAAGUUAGGUCUUUUAGUUACCCUCUAAACUCAGUGAUUAUUUCAAGUCCAGCUUCGUUUUCAAAACCAAAAAUCCUGACUUUCUUCCGUAGGGACACAUCCACAGAAUUCAGUGUAGCUGUUAUUACUCAACCUACUCAACAAAUAUUGAAGUUUCGAAUCUGUACAGCACGGGCUGAGUCGAUGCCAUUUUCAAAACCACCGACCCAAUGAAUUUGAGGGGAAUUUAACUUUCAAUGCCUUGGAUAUUCCGAGACCGAACCAGCUAAAAAGUCACCGAGAGGGAUCCUGAGUUUUGAGGCAUCCUGAAGGCUGGCGCCGCUUUCAUUAGGUUCGAUGAACGUUGAUUAUGUGUCAGAGCAAACGUAAAGCAUGAGGUGUGAUAAAGCUUGGUUCUUGAAAGAAACAUAAGGCUGUCACCUGAUAAAGGGUUUCCAGCCACUUAUCUUUUGAAACCUCUUGUACAUGGACUACCGAGAAAAAGCACGUUUUAUCAUGGAGUUUUGUGUAAUCUGAUGUUAUUGUUUGGCAUAAUUUUUUCAAUGUUUUUCAUCUUGUCCACAGUUUUUUUCCGCCAGUUUAUCUCUGUGAAAAAAUGAGAUUUAUAAGAGAUCAUGGAACUCAAAAUCCAGAUCUGACGAAAAUACCUAUAAUUCAGUGAUAAACUAUGAAAAAAAAAAUUUGAAGAUGAUUCAUAAAUCAUGAAAAUUAGUGCUUCUGUGCAUACUUUCGCGACUGUUCACAAGACGCUGAACAUGAGAGAUAUGAAAAAUCAUUCUAUGUGCUUUUACCAAGCAAAAUUUAACCGAGUUUUAUGAAUACUUGCGAAAAAAAUUUCAAAACACUUGUGCCUAAAGAAAUAAUUUGUUCCCGCAGUUAAUUAUAGGGCUUUCUUUUUCGAUGGGAAUAGCAAUUGUAAGUCUCACCACACCGUUCCCAAGUCCACACAGGUACUCACAGGCAUUGCAUUAUUUAUGUGCAUUUAAUGUUCCAUCUACAGUUAAGUUUAUCACGCAAGUUUAUAACAAAAUAUAAACUACCGUCAUUUUUGUGUAGGAACUUGAGAUGAAGUGAAAAGGUAUCAUAAAAACUGGUCGUGGUUGAUUUUUUUUGCUAAUCAGAUAUUGCGGUGCAAGUCGCGUUUUUAGUCAAAAUAUCUACCCUGAUUUAAAUCUCACAAGUGUAAAUAAUUCAUAUAAUGUAAAAUAGUUCCUCAUUAAGCAAAAGUACCCUAUCUGGGGAAUGGUGGAGUACUAAUAACGUUUAAUUAAAUGGAUGUUAUCUACGAUGAUUGGACUCAUUUCUAGAGCUCCUGCAAAACAUUCCGCUGUGUUCUUAUAGGCGUCUUUCCGUGAGAUCCGUUUUCCUCGAGACAAUUUGAAUUAGCUAUUUACCAAAGAACAUAGCUUUUUUUUGUUUUGUUAUUCUUUGCUGAUUGAACUAGUUUCAACACAGUUUUAGAAUUACUUAGCAACUGAGAGCUUUGAUGAAAGAAGAGGCGUACAAAUUUUCCCUCGAUUGAACUAUUUGGGUCAGUGGUAGCGGCCAACUUUAAACUUUACCUAAAAUAAACUACAAAUCUCUGAAGCUAUCAAAAGCUCACCAAGUUUUUUCUGAGGCUAAUGAUGCUUGCCUGAAUAGUUGAAAAUGUAAACCUAAUUAACAUGCUUCAAAGUUCUACCAUUUACUUUCUUUGAACUGCCUACUGUCAGUCCAGCUUCGACCUCAGUUCGCUCGGAAACGACGAUCUCGCAUAUAGCGUUUUACUCCAUUUUUUACUCGGUGAUGGCUAUGUUAUGUCACGGAAACGCCAGAGAAAACCGAUGAUCAAGACUCAAACAAAGGUGCUUUAAAAACAGUAUUUGUAAGAACGAUUUUACCUAUUUAGAGUCAACUAAAAUUUUCUGUAGGGCGUUCGCUUCAUCAGACAACAUAUGUUAUGAUGUAAAAAUUUACAAUAUCCCCAAGAUGAAACAAGCCGUGAAACACUUCUUAAUUAAAAGAAUAUAGGGAGUCUGGGACACAUCAAAAUAGUGAAAGAAGCGGGAAAAGGUAGAAGAAAAAUGGAUUGAAGUAAUCGAAUAUUUGUACCCUUUUGUUAAAAAAAUAUUUUUGUAAUUGUUUCUUUAGGGGAUAAAACAUAACAAAAAGAGGCAGGUGAUUCUAUGGUCAGAGAUCGAAUGUUUGAUAUAUGCAAAGCUUUUACUUUGUGUGAUAAUGAAUAAUUUCAUAUUUAUUACUGUUAUUACCAAAUUAAUUAGAACCAUUCGCGUAAUACUUAGCAUAGGACCUUCGUGAUCGUUUUUGAUCUUUCACCGUUUUUGCUACAUAGCACUUUGCAAACACUGAGACCAAUAUGAUAACUAUCAGUUGCCUGAGCCCGAUUUGGAGAGCUUUAAGGAGAUGAUACUCGAAAGAAAGUCAAACCAAAAGCGCCUUCUGUUUGUGACCGAAACCCGGCGUCAGUCAUGAAUUAUUAUGGUGAACACAAACACAAAGACGAAACCCUGGAGAAGGUACGUACCUUUUCAAUAACAGGAGGUAACAGCAACUAAAACGCAGUUUAUCGAGAUAAGUGUGUUAAGUGCUUAUUCAGUUAAAAAUUUUUCGGGCCUUUCUUAUAUUUGCACCUGACUUUACUUUCCAGUCAAAACCUGGUUAUCGUCCAAUACUGUUGUUGUUAUUGUUCCAUUUACCCUCUUAUUUAUCUUAUUUCACUGAGAAAUAAAGUCGAAAUCCUUUAGGGAACAAAGUCAUUAUUUCUUUAUCUGGUGAGGUUCGCUAAGCUUCAAGAAAAACAAGUCGGAAGGAACACCGGAAAUUUGUUUUGCUUUUUUUUUCGUUACAUUUUUUACUGGACCGCUCGACUGACACAAACUCGGUUUGAUUUGGCUUUCCCUGUAACAUGUUAAGACUUCGGAGAGCAGCAAAUCUCCAAUCCUUCAAAAUGUAUUCGCCAAACAUCGAGCAACCAAAUUUCAGGCGGUGCGUUAAUUUCAAACGGAUACUUGAGAAAUAAAUUAAAGAACGAUUUGCGGUAUGUCAUAAAGGUUUCAAAACAAAUGUUUUUAUUUGCUAGAUAAAUACGGAAAGCGUUGGAAAGUUCAAGAGAGUUCCGACUCGUUGUUAAUUCGAGCAUGUUCUAGAGAGAAGUCUUCUCUCAGGACAAAGGGUUUUAUUAAACCGCACUAAAUGAAAAUAGAUUCACGAAGCAAUAGACAUAUGCUCUCUGUCACCCAUGGGAUGUAUUCAAAUGUCAUAAAAAAAUUACAAAUUAAUGUUUGAAAUACGCUACAGGGCGAUUAAGGUUUAGUGAGGUAUUUUCGAGUGGAAAAGUCCUUCGUUCGCACUUGGUGCAACAUGACAAUGAAUACGUUUAGCGGUACAAUUAACGAUCGAUAUUUCUUUGUAUAGCAUCCUCGACCAUUUUCAAGUUAAGGUACUAUAUCAAAUUUUAUUGAUUUUGAUCUUUUUGUUGCGCUUGAAAGAAAACCCUUUUGGUCAAAUAUGAAAAUUUACGAUCAUUUUUUUCUUCUUCUCGGUCGAAACGAUCGUGAGUUGUCUAAUAAAUCUAAGGGGAAAAUGAUAUCUUCUGGGUUUUUUUCCGAAUCUGUCUCGAUCUUUUAGAAUCUAGAAAACUGAACUAAUAUGGCACAUAGGUACUUAGAUAUUCAUCCUGCGUCAUCUGCAUCGUCGCCUUUAAGUGGCGUUGUCUUGACAAUCACCUUCGUUUUGGAUUAAAGGUGUUGUGAAAUAACCUCUAUCGUAAUGAAAGAUUGACAGUUAAAAUAUGAUCUUUUUUUGCAAUGAUUACUCUACUUCUCUCACAAUCAAAAUUUCAGUAAAACAAUCACAUAAUCUUCUAGGGUUUGUGACCUCAAUCCAGCUCGAACCCCCCUCGAAAUGAUAUCAUGCGGUGCGCAGUGGCAGCGCCUUAUCCGACUGGGUUCAAAACUUGAAAAAGGCAAAGUAAUAACCUUCACUAAUUUGCAUGUCAGGGGAGCAGAACAUUAAAUUCAACAAAUAAUGAAUACUUCAAACUCCCGCCAUCCAGACAGACUGUUGUAAAUCAAAUAACAAUGAAUUGUUUUAGCUUCACUUAUGCAUCAAGAAAUUUAACUAUGCAGAUUGGCUGAAGCAGGAAAGAAAGAAAAAAAGUUUACGCGAUCUCCAUGCAUUUUGAACACUAAAGGGUAAUAACAGCCCAAGAGCUAUGUUUUUUGAGUAACAAAGUUGUCUUCCAGUCACAGCUUAGUUGGAACCAAAACUAAACAUAAAGCCGGGGAAGAUGAAGUCGUCCAAAACUGCACCAUUGUAUCAGAGUUUCCCCCUCUUUUUAUCCAUAGGGUAUGACUUCAGAAAAAUUUUAACAAGAAAAUUUCGGCAGGUAGUCUUUAAUGUUACACUCGUAAACUAUUGAGCAAGGGUAUAUACCGAGACGGACGAGGAAACAAAAUUGACGGGCCCUUUUUAAUCUAAAUCCCAAACGAAACCCAAGAGCUGUAAUCUUUAUGUAGGAGAGGACAAGUAAAUGGCUACCAUGUGUUACGCUUUACACGUCGUUACUGUGAUAUCCCUCAUGAUCAUCGACGUAUAUUUUGUUUGCUCGUUAAUCUAAAAUUUCUAGAAAGUCAGAACAAUAUGAUAGUUUCGUUUCGUUUCGUUUCGAACGCCCCAAGUGAAGCUAAUAUUCGUGCUUUGUGCCCCCAAAGGACACCUCAGUAGUUGUUAUUUAAGAGUCUCCCCGUAGUUGUUUCAGUCUCCCCUGAAGUAUUCGUGAUAGAAGGAUAAUCUACUAUCAAACUGAGAGUGCCAGAAUUAUGGCAUAGGUUAGCACCACUGUUAUAAUUGGUUUUCGCACAAAAUCUUUGAUAUAAUUUUAAGAGUAGAUUGAUCUAACAGAAUCGUAUGAAAAAUGUAUUUUCUACCACAUGAUGUGUUUUCUUCUGGCGAGGAUCUAUGCAAGUAAGCGCAUGAGCUGGUAUAAUUUAAAUGAGAACUCUAAAGCCUAAUGAAUAUAUUACAAUUUGGAUUUGUCCCCUGGAGCGGUUGCCUGCGGAUUCGAUCUGUGGCCAGGAACACUGCUGAUGCCCAAUUCGAAAAUGGGAUACUAAUUUAUUUCAACUAGCUGGAAUUCAAGCUGAAAUUAUACUUCUUCACAGCAUGCCACUCGUCAGUUUUGCUACAUAUUUACAUCUAUUUUGAUGAAUACAAUUUUCCUAUCUCAAAAUUACUAAUCAAAGUCGUUAUGAAUCAUUAGCUACAGAGCAGAAAGGCACCGAGUAAGUUCACGGGUUGUCGUCCAACUGUUUGUGCUUAAGCACAUCUGCAAUGGUCAUAGAUAAAAAGAGCUUGGAAAAAAAUCGGUGAAUCAAGGCACCGAUGGAAAAAAGAGGACGUGAUACAGGCUUCCAUGAAAUAAAAAAAAAUUAAUGUUUAUCAUUACAGACUAAGAAAUUCUAUAACUCAAUAUGCAUCUAUUUUUUAAAACGCUUUACUUUUGCAGCGUUAAUUUUUCUCCAUAAUCUGUUAAGGCCAUCUAAACCUUUUCAAUUUUCUUUUCUUUUUAUGUUCAUAAUUUUUUUGACACGUAUUUAAACAUGAUGUUGGGAAUUGAAUAAAGAUAUUUGUGGUUUUGUUUUUACAAAACACUCCCUAAGUAAAUAAAUUGCUUAAGCUUUGGGGGAGUUUCCGAAGGCUUUAUUUUGACCUUAAUCAUGUAAACGAAUCUAUUACCGUUGACAAGAGAACGCUGUUUAACUUACAGUUCAGCUCAUCAGAAAAAGACGUUCGCCACUUUUAAGGGAAAUUAUUACUUUUGAAACAAUACUAAAAAUAUUCUCGAGUGCUUGUUUUAAUUCUAUGUAAGUUCAACAUUGUAAGAAAUAAACAUUUUCUCGCUAUAAAAUAUUCCCUGACACAGAAGUUUAUAGACUGGCGCUUAGAAGUAAAAUGAUUGCCAAGAAAAAAAUUGAAAAUAAAAACAUGUACCAAGUACCUGCUAACAGGCCACCGCUAACAGGUAUUUCAAUAUUUAGAUAUCAUGCGGUUUCACCGCGCGCAUUUGGGUCCAAUAAUUUCUGUCGUCAGAGCCCGUUUUUGCGGAAGGAGAGGAAAGGCUUUUGAAUAUUACUUUCCAUGUGUGCUUUUUUCAUCUGAGGGAAAUGGAUCGCAUGAAAACUGUAAGAUAUGGGCUAUGUUGCUGUUUUCCUAUGCAAAUUUUUGUCACUUUGGGUGGAUUAUUACACUACUGAGGCAAUUAAAUUUUAACAUUAGUGUACUUCAGACAAGGCGACAAGUUUUACGAGCAAACACGGUCGAUUAAAUGUUUGCGUAGGUUUAUGAAUCGGCGUUUUUACUUCUUAUUACAACUUCCAGGUGAUGUUCUCGUGUACGCUGCCUCCCUGUUCACUGACCCGAAAGGAACAUAAAAUUGCGAGAGAGAGAGAAAGGAAGAAUACCCUAAAGGAAGGCAAGAAUCGUUAUAACAUUGUAAAAGGCUUGGCAGAAGGUGUCGAUGGAAUUUCCUUUGAAAGUGUGCUUAAAAAAAGACACUACCUACGAGCAAGAAAUAACUAUCUCAUUUUGGAGCCCUUCGAUGACUCUGAAGACUACAGUAAGUGAUUAAAACGUGUUUGAUUCAUGUUUUUCGUGACAAAGAUAUUCCAUGAAAAGAUAAAACAUGAACUCAAACUUAGCUGAAGGAAUAGGUACUGAAAAGCAACUGGCUGAGCUCAUUGGAUACGUUUGCUACCCAACGCCUGACCAUCUCAAUAUGCUGCCAAAAUACCUGUUAUGUCACCGUCGGUUUUGCUAAUUUUUCACUACCACGCUCUAUUGCUCAAACUCAAAUUGAAAAUUUCACACUGUUACUUUGUUUUUUUUUUUACGGGGGGGUUGUUGACACCCAAGCUGUCCAGUAAGCAAGAAAACUCGUUGUCAGCAGUUGUGAAAAAGCAAGUAUGAUAAAUGAGAAUAUCGUUUUUUUGAUUUCGUCAACUAUUUCCAGCCAGCAAAGGCAGAAUCGAUUCCGUGACAGUUGUUCGAGAGAUCUUAUCGAAGAAGUUCAUGUUAAUAUCAAAAGAUAGAGGUGAUUGCAAUUUUAUCUCCCUUCGUUUCGGGAAAAAAUUAAGUUUGAUGGCAAAAAUCUUUCUCAUUUGUCUAGAAGUCGACCAUUGGAUAUUGUGGAAAGGGUUCUCUUCAUUUCUGCUUACAUUCUCAGAGUUCAAAUAGACAUUCAUUGCGUACCACGUUUUUAUACGCCAAUUAGUUAGUUAUUGCGUGUGCUUCAUCAUUAUUCUACCAUAUGCAUUUAUUAUUAGCUCACCUAAUUCCCUGGAGCGCCCCAUAUACACGUGCACUCCCUAUUACGUCACUUAAGCAUUGUCUACCACUACAUCACACCUUACUACCCCUCUCACAAUAUAUAGCUGUAUUACUGAUAUUUUCUAUCCCUGAUGAUGCUGUGGAUCGGCAAAGGGUUCGAGACUUUUUCCUAUUCAGAUUUUUAAUCUAGCCUUAGGCCUCACUUGAAGCCGUUCUACAUUUUCAAAAUGCUACUACAGGUCAACGUGAAACGGUAAAAGUAGAAAUAGAAUUUCGAGUUUCAAAUCGAGCCAUUUUGGCGAGCUGACGGAAACAUUCGUAGGAUUCAAUGCCAAAGUUGAUAAAAUUACAACAACCGGGUUAUGGACCGCCAUUAUUGACACAUUUUGAGGUGAUAUUUGUUUAUUUUCUUGUACUACUAAGCUCCCUGAACCCCUACAGCUAUUUUAUAUGGCUUAGGUGUCCCUACAUUGAAUUUCAGAUUCGAGUAAUUCUAGUCCAAUUACGUUUAUCCCUCUGAAAAAAAAGUUGCUCCCCCAUCCCCCUAGCUUACUUUAAAAUCAAGAGGUUUCGUCAGAAAAGACAGGCCAAAAAUCCGGUAAAGCAGAGAGUUAUCAAAAGUUGUCCAUCAUAAAAGAUUACAUUCAUCUAUGACAAUAGAGGACACGUAACAGAAAAAGAGAUUACCUCUUGGAGGCAAUUAAAAAAACUUAUUGAUUUACACCAGGAAGUCUUCUCUAUUUGUCUUAGUUACUUAUUUAUUGAUAGAAUUCCUGCGGAUUUUUCCAACGAGUCACUAGCUACUUAGAAAAUAACACUCAGAUGUUUUCGUACGAUUUUGUUUCAGGAAAAGAAAGUACAUUUGUUCCCCUUCAAGACAUGUGGUUUGAGGGCUAUUUUGCAUUCGAAUCGCUCUUAAAUCCGGCGCAUUUUAUUCGUAGACGCGGAGAGAAACUGCGUCUGCAGAAGUACGAGAACUCUCACUUUUUCAAAGAGGAUUCCAGCUUCAAGUUAACGAGAAAGAGGUGUAUGGGUGAGUUAAAUUCUUAGAGGACUUAAAGGGAAAUCGAAUUCAUAUCCAACUACAUAAGGAGGAAAAAAACUUAGUGAUCCUUUGUACUAAAAAUUGUCCUGUAAAUUAGUGACUUUGCACGAGAGGCAGUGACUAUAACCUCUAGGUAAGAUUCUCGCACAGCCCCAUUGUAUUAUGAAACAAAACUGUAGUCCUAAAGGCAGUCUAUCGUUUUCGCUAUUGUUUUCUUUAUCCAAGAAUUGCAUGCGUAUUGUAUUGUAUGGUCAUCGGGCUGUGCGGAAGUCUUACCGAAAUCUCCACUCAGGUUGCAGUCAUGAACAGGGCUAAAAAUUAACUCCAGUGCCUGGGGGCUAGUCGGGCCAGUUUCCUUGAAUUCGUGGUGGCCCAUCCCAAAAUGAAGAAGCCCUCGAUUUCCUUUAGUUUAAAAUUGAAAAAUUGAAUAAACACUCCAUGGCUUUUAACGGAGUGUUAAUUAAAAGGAAAAAAUACAAAAGUCCAGAAUCACGUGGCAAUCACAAAAUCAAAAUGGUGUCCAUAUGUGGAUUGCUCGUGAAAUCAUUGUUAAAACGGCUCGGGAUUUCCACUUCGGAACUAAAAAUUCACUAAAAUGGAUGAUCUUAGAGUCCAGGUAAAGAAACGAAGAGAAUGGUAGUCCAAAUUAAAUUACAAAUUGAGUUCUAUUUUUAACUUUGUACUUCGCAUAAUUUACAUUGCAACUUUUCGAAAUUCUGUAGCAUAGUCGCUCAUCGGGCGUUCAAACCUUACCUUUUGGUAGCCCUGGUCAGUUUUAACUCGCCACUGGCGACCAAGCGACCGCCAAUUUUUAGCCUUGCAUAAACCUAUACUUUUAUUUAGUGUCUCUACGCAAAAUUCAGUUACUCACGAAGAAGUGAUAAACACAUACAAAUUUACACCAAAAGCAGCAAAUUUGUUUUGAAUUACUGAAAUAGCAUCAUGGCUAAUUAGCGAGCGCUGCAAUGGAAAAUUUUUGCUUCAAAGGAAAAAGUUAACGAGCACUAGCUCACAAAAACGGCCAAAUAUUCUUAAUUCUUUCAAUUACUUCAGGAAUAUUAAAAUUUUAAGCAGUGUAUUUCGAUGUCUAAGAGAAAUCCUUAGCAAAUUUGUGCCAUGGUGUAACAUGCAUCAAUACAACCUGCAAUUAAGCUCAUAUUGAGCUGAAAAUCAGGAUAUUAAAUCGUGUUGCAUAUCAAUUAAAAUAGGAAAGAAAAAUUGAAUGUUUCUGUUCUUACCUUGCAUCCAAAUGUCCCGAACAUUUCUUGCCAAGUCCUCUUUCACGAAUGGAAACAAGUAUUGAAAGAAAAUUCUGGAAACGUGUCACUUUGCCACCAGCGACGCGGCUUUCAUGAAAAAAAAGCGGGAAAAUGCCAUUCAGGGAGACUGGGGAUGAAAAGGACGAGUCUGAGGAGUCUUUUCGCUUCUAAUGGCCAACAUCAAUUUAGUUAUCAAACUUCGUUUUCAUUCCUGGCCAUUUUUUAAAUGACGAGACAAAUUUUCUGCGUUUCCCUUUUUUUACCCUCUGAGACACAAUGUCUGUACUGGCCGGCCGGCAUUCAACUUUGAUCGGGAAGAGUGAGAAGGAUGGAAUCUUUUGGGAUUUACGAUAGAUUUGUAACAUUUUAAUGACAAUAGAUACUAACCUAUGGGUUCCUCCAUAUUAAAGCUUGUGUUAAGGAAGGCUCGCGAGUCUGGGCGAGGGCCGAGAAAGGAUGUUUCCAACGAGGUGUUGUGACAGCGAUGGACGACGACAUACACGUACAACUCGAAAAUGGCAAGAAAAUAAGACACAAGAAGGAACAUCCUGAAUGUGUGGUGCCUGACGCCGUACCACAUGUGAGGGAAGUUGACAUUGGCACAAGAGUGUUGGCCAGAUGGUAUAAUCGUUUAGACACUUGUUAUCCUGGAACGGUGACUGCCAUUCGACGCAGUUUCUUUGACAUAAUAUUCGAUGACGGAGAUAAGGGAAUCAAUGAGCUUCGAGAAUUAAGAAUACUGAGGAAAACUGAGGGCGAAGAAGGUGAGCUAAGACAGCCCCAAAAACAUAAAUUUAUUGUUUAUUAUGUCAAACAACAAUAUUUUUAUUUACCUGCGUGUUGAUCAUAGUUAUUAUGGCUAUCAAUUACAUCUCAUUAUCGACUUUUUUGUCAUCAGUGUUUUUCAUUGACUUAUUGUUUUGAGGACUCAAAAAGUGAAUAACCAUGUGAAUUCCCACAGAGUACAAAGAGGUACUCACCACUCCUGUAGCGAAGAAAAGAAAAACUAAAGCGAUUUCGGAUUACUUUCGACACUCGAUUGAAAAUCAAUUUUUUAGUCAAUUAACAUUUGUUGUUGCUUGUGACGUGUUUCGUUUAGAUGGCAAAUCCGCACUGCCUCCAUGGUCUUCGUUAGACGGAAUACCUCGCAUCGAAGGAGGGUUAUGUAUCGACUAUGGCGAUAUCAUUACGACCGGCCCCGGCUUGUUGAAACGGGAAAUCAAAGAAAAAAUUACAAUAGACUAUGAAAUAUGCUCUACACAAGAUUCGCCCGACGAGGAACGCGUCUCUAGUCCUUUGGACAACACCGAUGUGACAGAAAUAACGGUCAACGGGCACGCGGAAGAUCCAAUGGAAAAUGAACAGAAUUGCCAUCAAGAUGAAAACGGUUUUGCAUUGGAAAAUAACUACAGUUACCUUACCCCGGACAUUUGCGAAACGGAGCCACGAAAUCCAAGUCAGGUCAGCGGAAGUUCGAGCGACAGUGGUUACCAAGGCAACAACAGUCAUCGCCAAAGGAAAAUAGGUGUUUGGAGGGCCACCUCUUGUGAGUGUACUAAUCAUAUUUAGACUGGUAAUAUAGGGUGUUGAGUUACAAAGAAAAAAGCUGUUCCCUUACCAUAGCGAGCUCAAGCUCAAGAUAAAAAAUCUAGCAUAAAUGGCUCUCUUAUAAGCUUGAGGCACCGAAAACGUCGCCUGAAAGGGUGAUAUAUAUUGAUUGAAUUGAGUUUUCUUUGACUCCCAUUACAAUUCUGUCUGUCAUAUCUUUAAAUCGAUCGAUCGUCCUCUAUACCAUUUUAUCUUUGAAUACUUCUAUGCACUCCAUUCUUUCUAUGUUUACUUCAAUCACUGUUUAUUUCUAACUUUCCCAUCCCAGCAUGUCUAACCUCCCUCUCCUCUCCUAUUUUCUAUUUACUAUUCUCCAGCUCAACACAACGUGUUCCGCUGUGGGAAUAAUAGUCCCCAGUUCCUCUCUCCUUUGAGCUAUCUCUCGCACCUGCACGUCCCAGGCCUUUCUGAUAUCUCUGACGUAAGGCGAAACCUUAGUGAAUUGAGUGUCACUUCCAGUGUCGACAGCGGUUUUAGAGGCAGCGGUCAUUCCUUCCGACUUCGGGAUAGGUCUCCAGUCAGAUGUAAGUGUACCGAAUGACCAUUCGCGAGCAUAGCACGUGACUUGACCUACAAAGCACCUGUCUGCAAUGGAUACUGACUCUUGAGAGACAGCUGUCAAUCUUAGCACUUUGCACGGACGUUUCUUUACCAGCUGCACUUGCAACCUUUUGCACAUCUUAUGCAACAUUCGCUCCAUCUAUCUGUUAUUGACUGUAAUUAUAUUCUAAUGAAAUUCCUCUAAACUUAAAGAUGAUGGUUUUAACAGGACAAAUGAACGUCAUGAACUUUGGUAGGUAGUAGUAGAGGUUCUUUCGGAGCUAAUUCAUAGUUUGUUAAGAAUAACGUGAAGAAGUAAAUUACUUUAUAUUUAUUUAUGGCACUGUUUAAAAAUGCAAUGUUUAUUUUCAUCUUACGGAUAAAACAGAUAGUACUCUUUUAAAUGUCUUUCAAAUUGAACAAAAAAGUUCGACCAAAGAAGUCUAAUUCUAAACUAAUUUAAUUUGUGCGGCUAUCAUUCGUCCUCAGGUCCCGGUCAUGCGGUUCCCGUUACCAAAGUCCAAGAGAAUUACUGGGAAAAAGAAAAGGAGCAAGAAACCGAGGAAGAAAAGCAGAAAAUAGAAAGCACAGAGGAUCUAAAUGGGGAGUUUCAUACUGGACCGCUAGGUAAGGGCAAAACAGUUACUCUGGGCCUUUCAUUUCUUUCGUGUAAUGAUUAAGCGUUUCAAAAACUAUUGAAAAAAAAGGCUAUAUUUACUUUCUUGUCUUGACAUUUGUGUUACAUAAGGCGUAUAGAUGGAAGUAAACGUUUUUACGAUGUCAAAAUCAUUUCAUAAACAGCGCAUAAAAAAGAAAGAAAAACUGAUAAACUCGUCAACCUCUGGUGUGUCUAGUAUUUAUGUGGGAGUUGUGUUGUUUAAAGGAAAUUACGAUUAAAAUCUUCUCGAAACAGCUUCUUCUCUUUCAGACAAUUAUUCCCACUGUCUUCAAGCUUCCUUACCCUCUCCCGCCAUCUUAUCUUUGUUCUUUCUUAUCUUCCCUUUUUAAAGGCUUGGAAACGGUCAUCUAACACUCUUCGCUCUUCAAUCAAGAAAAUCAAGAAAAAGCCAUCGCAAAAUAAAAUAUUGCAACACCGUGGCUAGAUUCCACUCCAAGAAGAGGCAAAUUCUAAGAAACUCAACUUGAAAGAGAAGACACUCUCAUAGCUGUUUCGUAUGUAGACCUAGAACCAAUCAGCCUUUCCAGGCGUAAUGGGACGUGGAAGUCGUCGAAACACGAAGAAAAACACCCCAAGGAAGCGAACAGAAAAACCGCGUCUCGAUCGUGGGAACCUUUCCCCGCCCCUUCCAAAAGAAGAAGCUAAGUUGAAGAUUGCAAAGAAGACAGACAACACGAGACUUGGAAGUCGGCGGAAGCAAUUUGAUAAUGUAUUGUGAAAGAACAAGAUUCCGACUUCUACCAUCAACAGAUAAAAAAAAAUGGACUACAUAUCAUAUAUGAACAAGUUAUUAGGCAGUUACAUUUGGUUGGUUUACCAGAUAGCUUUAUCAGCAUCAAUUUGUAAUUUGCACAAAUCAAAGUAAAGUGUUCAAAGUCAUUGAAUCAAAUUUGGAAAGAGAGGAAAGAGUUUUCAUUCAGUAGCACUGAUAAAACAAUUGCAAGUGCACAAGUAAUUGACAUAAUAUCUAGUAACUUAUGCAAGAUAUAUCGAAAACGUCUCAUUGAUAUCUACUACAAAUGAUAGAAAGAAUCGUAAAAAUAUUACAAUGAGAGGAGAUGCGAGAAGAAGGCAAUGAAGAACUAAAGUUCAUUUAUCAAGGACGAACGCUUCCGUUAAAUUUCACCGUUUGUCGUCUUUGAAAAUGAACAAAGAAAACAAUACAUUUUUACAAUCUCAG